AGCGGAAGUUCAUCUAAACAUUUGUUUCGAUAGCAUUCGAGUAAAGGUUGUAAACAAACCUUGAGUUUGAGCAAUGACUUACAGAUAGGUCCUUAUGGUCUGGGUUUUAUUAUACAUUUGGACGAUUACACACUUUUUGAUAUAUUGUCUUAUUUAACGUAACAAAGCAGCUUGAUAUAACCAUUGGCCAGUCGACAUGGACAGUGAGGUAUCAGAUUUUGACCAGGGACCUGGAGGCGAGGUAGGAAUGGGCAGGCAAAACGCCCCCGUCUACUGUGUCUGCCGCAAGCCAGAUAUCAACUGUUUCAUGAUAGGUUGUGACAAUUGCAAUGAAUGGUUUCAUGGGAAUUGCAUCGGUAUAUCUGAGAAGAUGGCUAAGGCCAUAAGGGAAUGGUACUGUGAAAAAUGCCGCAGCAAAAACGGCUCAUUAGAGAUCAAAUAUCGGCAAAAGAAAAGCAAAGACAAAGACGCAGAGGACGACAGAAUGGUUAGACAACGUGGCGGUGGCGGCAGCACACCUGACUUCAAAAUGGACCGUCGACGUGGAUCCAAAGUGAAGCGAUCUGCCCGCAUGUGUGGGGAGUGUGAGCCAUGCCGACGCACGGAGGACUGUGCCCAGUGCGACUUCUGCAAGGACAUGAAGAAGUUUGGGGGGCCCAACAAGAUAAGGCAAAAGUGUCGACUGAGACAGUGUGAAGUUCGGGCCAGGAAAAUGCUGCGAGUGAAGGAUGAGGAGUGUUACAUGUCAAGGGACCAGGAUUACUACUCACAAGACGGACAGCUGUCUGACGACUUCAGUGAUAACGAGAUGGAGCUCUACAAGCAGUACAGGGCUGGAACAUACGAUGAGCUUAACCCGGGCUGGGGAUCCGAUGAAGAGGAGGGUCAGUAUGACCCAACCCUCCACAAGAGAGCUGUCAAGGUGAAACAUGUGAAGAGACGGGAAAAGAGGUCUGAGCGGAAGAAAGAGGAGACCAAAGUGCGGCGGCAUAAACAGAAACAGAAGCACCGCGACAAGGUGCGACACCCAGAGAGAGCGGAGGUGAAAGAUAACGGCGGGCUGCGGCAGUGUCUGGGGCCUGGCUGUGUGGAGGUGGCGCGGGUCAGCUCCAAAUACUGCUCCGACGACUGUGGCAUGAAGCUGGCAGCAAACCGCAUCUACGAGAUCCUCCCUCAGCGUAUUCAGCAGUGGCAGGGGAGUCCCUGUAUUGCCGAGGAGCAGGGAAAGAAGCUUCUGGAACGCAUCCGACGCGACCAGCAACAGGCCCGGAUGCGACUCACCGACAUGGAGCGCCGCUUCCAUGAACUGGAGGGCAUCAUCGCCAAAGCCAAGCAGCACACGGUGCAUGAGGACCAAGAGAUCACUGAAGGGGAUGAAGACACAGACUUCCAAAUCUUCUGUGUGUCUUGUAGUCACCCCAUCAACCCAAAGGUGGCGCUACGACACAUGGAGAGGUGCUAUGCAAAGUAUGAGAGCCAAACGUCAUUUGGGUCAAUGUAUCCCACACGCAUCGAAGGGGCCACAAGGCUUUUCUGUGAUGUGUACAACCCACAGAGUAAAACCUAUUGUAAGAGGCUUCAGGUGCUGUGUCCAGAACACUCAAGGGACCCCAAGGUUCCUGCUGAUGAGGUCUGUGGAUGCCCCCUUGUGCGUGAUGUGUUUGAUCCAACCGGAGAAUACUGCAGGGUGUCCAAGCGCAAGUGCAACAGGCACUACUGUUGGGAAAAGCUCAGAAGAGCAGAGGUUGAUUUGGAGCGGGUGCGAGUGUGGUACAAACUGGAUGAGCUGUUUGAACAAGAACGGAACGUUCGCACAGCGAUGACAAAUCGAGCCGGCCUGCUAGCUCUGAUGCUGCACCAAACCAUUCAGCACGACCCCCUCACCACAGACCUUCGCACCAAUAAGGAGAGAUAAUCUCAGGUUGUAACCCUGUGGAAGAUGUCCAGGGGACAGUUGUGGAAUGGAUCACCAUACUUUUAAAAAAAUAAGUGAAAUAUAAGAUGAACUCGAUUUAUGAACUUGUUUUUCUUUUUAGUUUACUGUGUUUACAUCAAGUUUUUUAAAAAAAAAAUUCAUUGCUAAUCAUGUGUGGCCUUAAGCUAAGUAGGCUGCAAGGUGCUGAAAAUUAUUGAGUAAGAAUUAUGUAUUAGACAAUCCUCCAAAAUAAAAUAAUUAAAUGUGUGACAUAACA